ACCGGGGGGGCGGGGCGUGAGGAGAGGCCGCAGGCGCUGUGAGUGAGUUCGCAGGCGUAGACCAUGCUGAGCGCUGCGUGCCGCGGGAUCGCCUCAGUGCUGCGGGGAGCGCGCGCGCCGCCACCGCCACCGCUACCGCCACCGUUCCUCCGAAGGUGCUUGCGGGCGACAGGCUCUCCGUCCUUGGCGGGUCGGAGCGAGAGGGCGGAGGAGCCGCCUCGCACCUUCGACCCCGCGCUGCUGGAGUUCCUAGUGUGCCCUUUGUCCAAGAAGCCGCUCCGAUAUGAAGCAUCAACAAAUGAAUUGAUUAAUGAAGAAUUGGGAAUAGCUUAUCCGAUCAUUGAUGGAAUUCCUAAUAUGAUACCACAAGCAGCUAGAACAACACAUCAAAAUAAGAAGCAAGAAGAAACAGAGCAGCACUGAAUCAUCAUUUAAAAAACACAACUAGGUUUUAAUACUAUAUACAAU